AUGGCAGCGCCCCUCAUGACGACGAUAGAUGCCAGCAUCUUUUGCGAUGAAGUCUUGUCGUUCUUGCAUGCCAGUGACAUUGUGACCCUCGCGGAAGAGAUUCAGGAGAUCUCCAUCAAGUUCCGGCUACAACGUCAUUUUUGUGCGGUUCAUGGGCAACGAUUGGAAGCUCUGUCCAAAAAACGAAAGCGUCUAGUCGACAGUAGCAACAGCAACAGCAACAUUGAAUGGAGAGAAGAAGACGCUGCUUCCAACGAUGAAGUCGAAGCCUAUUAUCAACAUGACCGUUGCUUUCGAGAAUGGUGCACCAAGAAUCCAGUUUUGCAACCAGAAUCUUGCACAGAUUGCAGGUCCGCUCAGAAAGGACUAGAACGAUGUGUUCACUGCGAUGAGUUUGUACCAUGGUCCAAAAUGAGAGAAUGUCAGUGUUGUCAAGUAUCGUAA